AUGGCGGGCCCAUUUUUAUCUCCGAUGCCAGGAGAUCUUCUAACGGAAUACAUGUUCGGUAGGCGCCGCCAGAGACGAAAUCGCACAACAUUCACGCCACAACAACUUCAGGAGUUGGAACAGUUGUUCCAAAAAACACACUACCCAGAUGUGUUUUUACGAGAAGAAGUUGCACUACGGAUUAAUUUGAGUGAAGCGCGAGUUCAGGUUUGGUUUCAAAAUCGACGAGCGAAAUGGAGAAAACAAGCACGGCUACAAUUAUUACAAGACGCGUGGCGAAUGAGGUGUUUGAGUAUGGGGAAUGCACAGUUAAUCAUAGCAUCUGAAGCUCAAACAUCAAACAACGGCACUAGCAACAUCAGCAGCAACAAUAACAACAACAACAACAACAACAACAACAACAACAACAACAACAACAACAGUAGCAACAAUAACAACGACGGUGCACUUAAAUCGAUAAUUGACACUAAACCUCCUCAGAACGCAGCAUCCCACGAUAAUAUUCAUGAGACCUCGUUCCUUCCACAACCCGCGAUUCAAGAACGAGAGCGUAGUUCAGGAGCUAAUGGUAGUUCAACACAAGCUAACCGCAUUAAAUCAAAUGGCAUCGAAAAGCUUUAUACUAAGGAAUGUAUAGAUAAACACAAUCUUUUCAAUCACAAGCCAGAUCAGUUGGCAUUCGAUCAUAAUCAUUUAAUUCACUCGGAAAGUAAGAUGUACAAAGGCAGCACCAUUAGCGAGUAUGGAGCAACUUCAAAACGAGAACCACUGCAAUUGGAGAUGAGCUAUUCAAACUCCAGCGACACAUCUAGCAAUUCAGAAGAAAUAGAUCUUACCAGUAACAUAGGUUGUAUAGAUUACUCCAAUUCAAGUGCAGGAAAAAAUUAA